AUGAAUGAAACGCUUUCCGAGGAGGAAUUGGAAGUUAUACGGUUUGAGGACAUGCUGAUCAGCUUUUCGGCGGUGCUGAUGACGCUCCUCUCCGCGUUCGCGCUUAUUUUCAACACCUAUUUGUUGCUCGUGAGUGGGGACAAGGGCCUCAUUAUCUAUGGGUAAAAGAAAGGGUGUUCAAACUGAACAUAAUAACAAGUUAGGUUUUCUAUUUCUGACAUUCUUGGGUACAGAUCGAGUUCAAGUGCAUUCUCUCUCAAUGCAUACACAUCAAACUUAUGGAGACUUUCAGUGCGCUCAAUACCUUCGCGAUCCUGUUAGCGUGAACCUUCGACUGUGUGUGCUCCUGUCGGCUUCUGAUGCGUUGUGCUCUUUGUGCUACAUCUUCACUUACCUCAUCAACAUCUUCUUCAGCCACUUUUCCAAUUGCACAUCGCUUCUUUUAGAGGUCAGUUCUCACGAGUCCUGAAUCUUUUUGAAAUCAGAGUUUUAGGUGAUCAAAUUGUCGACGUUCACCUCUUCCAUUCUUAUUCUCGGUCUACUAGCAUGCAACCAUUACAUUGGAAUCGUUCAUCCGCUUCAUCGUAAUAUUGUCACACCGAGAGCCCUCCGAAUGACCGUACUCCUCUCUUGCAUUUCCCCAUUCACUGGCUACCUUUCAAUUUUCAUCCUUUUUCCGGGAGGUAAGUGUUUUUGCUCGCAGAAAGAACACAAUUUUACUUUCAGGACUCCGUGCGCCAAUUGCAUUUGCAUUCUUCGACAGCGAUGGCUGUCAGGGAAAUGCCAUUUAUCGUGAGCAGAAUGAUAGACAGGAAUCAUUGAGACAAUUGGUUUGCAGGAAACAAUUUCUUCCGAGCCUCGAUCGUUGGCCCAUUUAUCGUUGUUAUUAUUGUCUUAUCUUGCCUUUACUUCCACAUCGGUGUUCAUAUGCGACGCAUUUCUCUCGAUCCAUUGUUGAGAAACAACAAUAACAAGAGAAACAAUCGCAAACUUCUUAUCACUAUCCUUCUGCUCGCUGGUUCUGCCUGCGCUGGUAGGAUGUUCAGAAAAAGGCUGGGUUAGAAAUUGUCAAUUUUUCAGGAUGGCUUCCAACUACUUUAAACUUUCUGCUCCCGCUCGCUUUCAAUGUACCGAGACGAGCUAGACUUUAUCUAGGGUACUUGAAACAUAUUGACAGUAUUUAGACUCAAUAAUCCUUCCCAGAAUUUUGGCUCAGCUCUUACAUGUAGCAAAGCUUCUGGCUGACGCAUUCAUUUAUGCCCAUCGCCUCAUCGAGAUCAAAUAUGCGAUGUAUGUGUUCAACAGAAAGUUCAGAAUCACGAUUUGCAGAUUAUUCCGCAUACGUAAGAUAAACAUGAGAUUUCAAAACGUUUUCUCUCUCGUUUUCAGGUGUAGAUGAGAAAGAACAAGUUCCCACUGCGUUCACCCGUUACUUGAGCGAGACAAAGGAAAACCGAUCGGUCAGAUCAAAAAGAGUGAAGAGCGAAUUCCAGAGUUUGGACAAGCAACGCAAUGCUGAGCGUGCGGCAGCCAACAAAAACAAGAAGAAUAACCGUGCUUCCGAUGGCGGUAAUAAGGUGAAUAGAGAGCGUUGUCACGGUUUCUGCAACUUUUUUUCAGCUUCUGGUUGCUCAACAUCAACCCCUCAAAGCGUGUAAAUCGGUUCCGACAGUGGUGAUGCAAGACGAAGUCGAGCCGAGCGGAAAAUCGCGCUCGACCAACAACUCGGUGAUUGUGAAGACGGUGCGACUCUCCAACGCCACAAGCUUCAACUAUUACUAA